AUGAUUUGCAUGCACGGCCGCGACGGCGUGGAUCGCCGGCUCUCCCACAACCGGGACCCCUUACGUCGGAGCAGAGACACGGCCGUUUCCGACACGCCCAGCUUGGCGGAACGGGGUGGGCACGGCAGAGACGGCCCGAUAAUCUCUCGAGACCCCGCCAUCAGCACGAACGUCGGGGGGGUGGGCGGUGGCAACGCAAGCAGACCUGGAGGGGGCGGGGGCGGGGGCGAGGGCGGGGUUGAGCGGGAGCGCACCUCUCCGGUGUUCAAGGUGGGGGAAGAGGAGCUCCCCAUGGAAGUUCCAGGACGCUACGAGAAGAUGCGCGUGCUCGGGAGGGGGAGCUUUGGGGCGGUGACCUUGGUGAAGGACCACCGAGACAGCAAGCUGUACGCAAUGAAAACGCUGAACUGCGCAGAUAAAUUGGAGGAACGCGUCACAGCGAUGGCUGAGGUCCGUUUGCUAAAGUGGCUCAAGCACCCUUGCGUGCUGACGCUGUUCGACGUCUUUCUGAGCGCCGACAGCCGAUUGGUGUGCCUCACGACGACCUACUGCGAGUCGGGGGAUCUCGCCAAAAUUGUGAAGCACGCCUCCAAGACUAAAUCGCCUCUGGGAGAAAAGACGGUGUUGGGAUGGUUUGCACAGCUGUGCCUAGGCGUGCACAACCUGCACGAGGAGAAGAAGGUGCUGCACAGAGACAUUAAGCCCAACAACGUCUUCCUCAUGGACAGCAAGAAGAUCGUCCAGCUGGGGGACUUCGGGCUCGCAAAGGUCAUAAGCGAUGGCGACAAGCAGGUUAAAGCCGAGGUAGGCACGCCGUACUACACUUCUCCGGAGAUGUGCAACAACCAGCCGUACGGCUUCCCCUCCGACGUGUGGAGCCUAGGGAUCGUCCUCUACGAGCUCCUCUCGCUGGACGUGCCGUUCCGAUCGAGGGAUGUGGUAGCGCUAGUGUCCCAGGUGAUCAAGGCGCCGCCACCGCCACUUCCAGAAGUUUACAGCGACGAGGUCACCGCGCUCGCUCGCUGGAUGUUGCAGAAGGACCCGCUCCGACGGCCAACCCUGACUCAGGCGCUCGCUUGUCAGCCGCUGCGCCGGCACAUGAGCUCGUUCGUGAAGCACUACCGUCCCAUGAACAUGGCGGAGCGCCAACGACGGCACGACAUCAAGGACCUUGAGGCUCAGGUGGCUUCGAUCAUCGAGCACGGAGGUGACGAUCCUCAGAUCCCUCCGGACGUCACCGACGGCUGCGGGACUCUGCCCGCCGGUACUCAAGACGAGACCGCUACGGACACUUUGAACCGGGCCGACUCCAAGAGCCACCCGGGAGAGGCACGGGGAGGAAGCGUUGAGGGGGUCGAAGGGGCUGCUGGUGUUCCGAUGGAAACAGCGGGGGGGGUAGGGGAAGGUGGGUUUGCGGCGGUCGCCGCCGCCGGUAGGACGAGGACGGUAGACAGGAACUCUGUAAGGAGCCCGAGUGCGAUCAGCAUAACGGCUAACGGUGUCCCGGUGGGGGGGAGAGCGGACGAGGACGAAAACGUGGCCGCGGCGGCUACGGCGGCGGCCACCGGAGGGGGGGGUUGCCCGUGUUGCGGGGCGCGGGUACCUUGCGCGUGCGGGGGGGCGCGAGGUGGCGGAGGCGGCGGCGGCGGAAACGCCACUCCCGGGCGUCGAUUCGGCUCCCCUCAGCAGAGCAAGGGACUGCGAAACGUCAUGUCGUGGGCGACGGGCGGUUCGAUCACGCCUCCUGCAGGAAGAGGCAGCGAGGGUGAUGACGGCGACUCACAAGACGGAUCGCGAUCGAGCAAUGACGUCAAACGCGACGGGAUCGAAAGACGACGACGGUCGACGGACUACGAGAAAGGCACCACGGAGUGGCAUUCAGCGUCCAGUGGCGGCAGUGUCAAAUCGUUUUCGUCGGCGGAAUCGUUCAACAAAUCGUCCAGCUCGCAUGGCUCGCGCUGGAGGGAUAGGAGAAAAACCGGCGAUGGCGUCAAGUACUCCAGCAGAAGUCCGCGAGGUAGUGGUUCAAGUAUUGUAGGUAACGGUGGAGACAGAAAACAUAGAAGUCGGGGUACGGGGUUUCAAAAGUCGGAGGAGGGCGACGACGGCGUCGACGGUGGCGGUGAUCACGAAACCGACAGCGUCGAUCGCAGCGACAACAGCCUUGCCGCGCCCGCCCGCCCGAAGUCUCCGCGCUCCCCGCGGGCUCACAGGUCCACGAGACUGAAGCGUGUAAGCGGCAGCAGCAGCGCAGAGGCCAGCGGGUGUCCGGACGGGGGCGAGUCGGAGGGCGAGGGGAUGGCGGCGGCGGUGGCGGCGGCGACAACCGAAGACAGCGAUUCCAUGCGGAGAAGAGGGAGCAGUAACACCGGUGUGUCGGACAAGGGCUACGAAGACAAGGGAGAAGGGACCCCUCGACUCGCACCAAGUCAACCACCAGGGGUCGACGACGAGAGCACAGCGGUGUCGGUACAAGCAGACACCACUAAGUCUAACGCGGCCCUCCACGAAGCGUCGCCGACAGAAGCCGGAACAGCGCCCACCAGAAGAAGACAAGGAGACGGAGCUGAGACACAAGAUUCAUCGAAGGGGACGAGUCCGGGCUCGCCUCAUAUUGUUGCAGUAGAAGGCGGGGCAAGCGAAAAGGGGAUCCGACAGAGCGGCAGCUCCACCAGCCCAGCAAUACGGAGGAGUUCGACUGCAGCCGCGGCGAUUGCAUUGGACCGCUUUGCGCUCACUCCCCGAACGCCGCGCUCGCCGCGCAUCGUCGGCUCGGACUCUGAGCCGUUCAAGUCGUCCAGGAGGUUAUCGGAGGCCCUGACAUUCGCCGCUAGCAGCAGCGAGGAAGAUAUUAUCACAGCCACAGCCACCGCUGCCGCCGGAAGCACAGGCCAUACCCCGAGGCGGGAGUCUGGCGCUCUCGGAGGGGCGUUGGCCACUGUAGAAGAGGCCAAGAGCGUGCGCGAGGAGAUGACCAUAGGACGACGAGUAGCAGAGGGCCGGGGGAAUCCUGCCGCGGUAUUGGGGGCUCCGUCGUAG